AUGCAUUUAUUAUUUCUCUUGGCUAGCCUUUAUUUGCAAAAUGUUUUCGUAUUUUGUUCACAACCAAAGCGUGUUGUCGAUCAAAUGUAUAUAUCAUUUGAUCAUGCGCGUUAUUGUGUUCGCCGUCUCAAUGGUACACAUGAAAUUGGUUGUCAAUCAGCGAUACGAGGCAAUUCUGGUCGAAUGUUUAUGAUUGAUAAUGAUGAAGAAUUUAAUUCUUAUCUUAAUGAUAAUAAAACUAUGAACUCAUUUAAUGCAUUUAUUAUUGUACUUAAUGUAAAUUUAUUUGAUUCGAAUCAUAUUGAUCGUUUAAUGAAACGUCUCGAUACAAAAUUAAAUGGCCUUUUACUUUAUUUAAAAUCAAAAUCAGCUCGUCCAUUAGAUUUUUCACCAGAUGAUCAAUGUCCAAAUCAUCGUAAUUCAUUUUAUUUAAAUCAAACAACUGAAACGAUCAAUUGGAAUCGGCAUGGAACCGGUUUAUUUUUUCGUUCAUUUCCAUUUCCAAUAAUGUUAAUCGAGGGAGAAGAUGAUUAUCAACGUUUAUUAAGAUUCUAUCAACAAUUUAAUAAUAGUCAAUCAACACCUGCUUGUGGUUUGGAAUUGAAAACAUUUCAAAGUGCAGCACAUACAACGAAAACAUGUAUGAGAAGAAAUGAUAUAUCACAUUCAAUAAUCGAUUUUCAAGAAACAUUUUGUGAUCCCAUUGGAGGUUUAAAUAUUUAUAGUAAAUUACCUCAAUCUAUUACAAUUGUGCCUGAUCAACGUCCUUUGAAAUCAGUGAUUCUUAUUUUAGCGUCUACAGAUAGUUUUCAAAUGUUUCUAGAAACGAAAAGACCCACAGGUGGUAGUCAACAACCAGCUACAGCGUUGAUUACAUUUCUUGCAUUAGCACAUCUUAUCGGACAAGAACAAGAUGAAUUAAAAAAGCAAAACAAAGAAAUUAUAUUUGUUACACUCGAUGGUGAUGCGAUGGAUUAUUCAGCUUCGUAUAAAUUUAUGUUUGAUAUGAAAAAUGGAGAUUUUCCAUUGGGUAAUAAAAAUGAACAACCGAUUGAAACAAAACAUAUUCAUUCAAUUAUUGAAUUUCAAUCAUUGAGUAUGAAUUCUGAACUUUGGCUUCAUUCAUAUCCAUCAAAAUUAAUAGAUCAAAAAUUUAUUGAUUCUCUGAUUAAAAAUAAUCGAAAAAUAAAUAAAAUUCCAAUUGGUACUCCUUUACCACCAGCAUCGUCACAAAUUUUUCUUCAACAAACAUCUUCAUCGUUUCCUGCCUAUAUAUUAGCAUCAAUAAAUCAAAGUCAAAUAUUGAAUCAUUACUAUCAUUCAUUUUUUGAUGAUUCUUCAACAUUAUCAAUUAAUAUAUCUACAUUAGAAUACAAUACGACGACUCAAGUUAGUCAAUGGAUAAAACAAAUCGUGGAACCAUUUGCGCAAACAUUAAUUGAAUGGUUAGUUGAUGUCAAUAAAACUGUUCAUAUCAAACAAGAAAUCAUUAAUAAUCUUGUUUAUUGUAUUUUAAAAAAUAUGAAUUGCCCAUUGAUUCAUAAUGUUACAAAUCAAUCCGUUGGCAAUACAUUUCAACCAUUCGAUCAAACAUCAAUGCCAUUUUCAAUAAAUACCUAUCCAACAUCAAUAACACCAACAUUUCCAUUUAUACAAUAUGUACUAGGCUACUUUUUACGUGAUCGUUCAUUUGAUUUGCAAAAUUUAACUGAAACAUCGUGUAAAAAGCGUGCUGACAACGAUAGUUUUUGUUCAUAUACAUUUGUUGAUGGAUAUCUACCGUCAAGGAAUAGUAACAACACAUUGUCUAGUGGCUAUUGUGUUCGAUCAUAUUUACGAUCUGUGCAAUCAAUCUCACCUGCAUUUAUUAUUCCAAAUUAUGAUCUAUCAAAAACAGAAUAUCCAACAUGGACUGAAAGUCGAUGGACAACAAUUAGUUUACGACUUUUUCUCAUUCCAACAAGAACUCAUGAAAUAGUUACAUUUAUUAUUGGCAUGAUGCUAACUGUAAUCUCAUUUUUUUUCCUUUGUUUCUUACGUUAUUAUACAAAGGUUAGCCUUUUACAACCUUCAUCGUCAUGA